GAGGUGGGUCUGAAAUUUGAAGUAUUCCUGCGCAAAUGACAAAUGGAGGGAAGAGGGCUCUCUGUUGUUGCCAGUCUAACGUUGUGACAUUGAAAGCAGCAGAAGUACAAGCUGGAUGUCCUCUAGCACUGGGCUGACAGCAUGUCUGCCCAGGAGCUUGUGCUCAAACAACGGACAGAUAUACUUCAUGCACUGUGCAGCAGUGGCUCAGCUGAACAUUUGGAGAGGGUUCUGGAUGUACUGCUUGCCCAGGGGGAGCUCACAUGGGAGGACUACCAGAACAUACAGGUACCGGGACAGGCGCUGUACACCAAAGCCAGACAGCUGCUCGACGUGGUUUAUACAAAGGGUGCGGACACAUGCGGGAUCUUCUUCGCUGCUCUCAAACAGGUCUUGCCAGAAGUGCAAGGACCUGACUUCUCCUCAUCAGGAAGCUGUUCAGAUGUAGAUGAAAAAGAAGAAACUCGGAGAACGUCUACUCAGACUCUUCUGACUCAGAGGCCGAGUCUCAUUUACAAGCUUCAAGGCUGCAUUGAAGGUGCUCUGGAAGCUCUGGUUCAAUCAUCCCAUUUUACCAAAGCAGAUUUCGAUGAAGUGCGUCUACCCAUACACACUCCUACUCAGCAGGCGAGGCGUCUGCUUGACCUCGUCAGAUCUAAGGGAGAGUCAGCAGCAGCGGCUGUCCUGCAGUACAUUCACCAAAAACACGACGUUGGAUCCCCACCGAAGCAGGAGAAACUGACUCCUCCCAAAGAGGUCUUGACGUACCAGAAAAAGCUGAGCAGUUCUGUUUGUGCCCAGUCCUGCUUUCUCAGUACUUAUGGAGGGACUAGCCAUAUGUCUCUAGAUGACAUCUACACUGAAGGCCAGUUGGAGCUGGCUCAUGACUGUGUUGACAUCCAAGGACCUUUGGGCCUGGAGGACAUCGUUGGGACGGCAGGGACAGUGAACGAGGAGGCCGACACGGUGCUCAUAUCCGGGGAGGCGGGCAAUGGGAAGAGCACCUUACUCCAGAGGCUGCACUUACUUUGGGCUCGGGGGGCAGCCCUUCAGGACUAUCUGCUUCUGUUUCCAUUCAGCUGUCGUAGGCUGAACUCAGAGCAGAGGGAACUGUCUGUCCAAGAAUUGCUGUUUCAGCACUGCUGCUGGCCGGACAGGGAGCAGGGAGAGAUUUUCCAGUUCAUCCAGGACCACCCACAUUUCAUCCUCUUCACUUUUGAUGGCCUGGAUGAGCUCAAGCAGGGCUUUUCAGAUGAACACAGAAUCUGCUGCCCCACCCAGCGUGCACCUGUUCAUAUCCUAUUGUUCAACUUAAUCCAGGGUUCACUACUAAAGGGGGUGCGGAAAGUGGUCACUAGUCGUCCAGAGGCAGUGGGGCCUGUGUUAAAGAAGUACCUCCGCAAGGAGGUCCUUCUGAAGGGCUUUUCUCCAAAUGGGAUUAACUGUUUUGUGAGAAAGCAUCACAAUGACCCCACUGUAGCUGCAAAGGUUCUAGAGUCCCUACAAGCAAACACAGCUUUACUUGGACUGUGCCAUAGUCCAGUCCUCUGCUGGAUUGUGUCACAGUGCCAUAAGGAGCUGUUGGGCUGUGGGGAAGGCAGCCCACAAACAAUCACAGAUGUUUACCUGAUGAUCUUACAACACUUUUUCCAGCGCCAGAGCCCUCUGAAGAGCGCUAUGGGGUUGGGCUGGCUACAGGGGCACCUAGAAACAAUCUUGCAUCUGGGGCAGCUUGCCUUUGAAGGAAUAUCCAUGACAUGUUAUGUCUUCUCUGGUACAGACCUGGAGACACGUGGUGUAACUGAAAAGGAUAUCUGCAUGGGCUUUCUCACACAGAGCAAAGACAUGUCCUCCACCCACAGUAAACAUUAUGAAUUCCUCCAUGUGACAUUGCAAUGUUUCUUUGCUGCUCUCCACAUUGUUAUGUCAAAUAACACCGACCGUUCAGUGAUCCCCAAGCUCUUUAAUCUACAGGAGUUGAGAGAUACAGGGGUGAAACGCGCAUGCUUCAGAUCCUGCUUGCCUUCCACUGACCAAAAGGAGCAUGUUUUAGACAGUGAAGCUACAGCAGCAGAAACACCAAAUCUGCAAAUCACAGCCACCUUUGUGAGUGGACUGCUGUCCCAGCGCCAUCUAAGCUUGUGGCUCCACUGCUGCUCCACGACUAUGGUGGAAAAAAAGGCCCGACUAGUUGCAAGAUGCCUCUCCAAAGGCAUGCACAAACACUUUAAAUCCAUCCCCCAACCUGUGCAGGGGGAAAAGAAGAGCAUGCAUGCAAUGCCAGGCUUUGUCUGGCUCAUCAAAUGCAUCUAUGAAAUGCAGGAGAGCAGGAUUGCAAAAGAUGCUAUGCAUAAGCUGGAAGUGGACCACCUGAAGCUGACCUACUGUAACAUUGGUCCUGUAGAGUGCACUGCACUCGCCUAUGUGCUCCAACAUUUAAGAAACCCUGUUGGCCUCCAGCUGGACAACAACUCUGUCGGCGAUGUCGGAGUGGAGCAGCUUCUUCCCUGCAUGCACAUUUGUAAAUCCUUGUACCUCAGAAAUAAUAACAUUACAGAUGAGGGCAUCCGCAAACUGAUUGCUAAAGGUAUCCAGUGUGACAGCUUCCAGAAAAUUAGCCUCUUCAACAACAAUCUAACUGAUGCUUGCAUGCAGCACUUUUCACAUCUUCUGAAGACCAAGCAGGAUUUCCUUUCUAUAAGGUUAGGCAACAAUAAUAUCACAGAGGAAGGAGCAAAGCAGCUGGCAGAGGGACUGAAAUCCAAUCAGUCACUGAAGUAUUUAGGGCUUUGGGGCAAUAAGGUAGGCGAUGCAGGAGCAGAGGCCCUUGCCGGUGCCCUAGAGAACAGCCAGACUCUGCUGUGGCUGAGCCUGGUAGGAAACGGUGUUGGAAGCACAGGAGCGUGUGCCCUCGCCAAUGUCAUCAGAAACAGCACAUCACUGGAGGAAAUCUGGUUGACAGAGAACUGCAUAACCAGAGCAGGGGUGGAAUGUCUGAUUGAAGCCCUGCAACACAACGCGCGUGUCAAGUCAGUGUGGUUGAGAAACAAUGACCUCAGUUCGGAGGAGGUACAAGAAAUGGCACAACGUGAAUCAAGACUGACUUUCUGAUCUGAAGACGUUGGCUUAGAAAUGUACAUGCAAUAGAAUGGUUUCUAUUUAUUGUAUUAAAUGUUUUCUAUGAAAAUGUGAACUGGAAAA